AUGGUGCUUCAGCCUAUCGCUCAGAAUGCCCAAGUCCAGCGCCUGACCACCGCCCUCAAAAACAUAUGUCGGGACUAUCCGGCUGGUGGUACCGUUCUUCGCGAGCUCUUGCAGAAUGCCGAUGAUGCUGGUGCUACGGACGUGCGAUUUAUUCUCGACGAAACAACCUACCCGGUUGACCCCCUCAUCGAUCCUAACAUUGGACAAUACCAAGGCCCCGCUCUACUAGCAUACAACAACGCCAUAUUCACUGACACAGAUUUCGCCAACCUUUCCCGUCUUGGUGAUUCGUUGAAAAUCAACGAUGGCUCAACCACUGGCAGGUUUGGGCGCGGGUUUAACUCUGUGUAUAAUUGGACGGACUCACCAUCAAUUGUCUCGCGCGACCGUUUACUCAUCCUGGACCCUCAUCGUGAGUGGUCUGAAGGUGGUCCGGUCUAUGACUUUGCCAAGGAUUCUGGGGACGCUGCAAUCGAGAACCAAAUGGCAGCCUUUCAGAGUGUCAUGGAACACCUUGACCAGCCAUUCAACGGUACCGUCAUCCGAGUUCCGCUACGCACUGAAGCACAAGCAACUAAGAGUGAAAUCUCGGGCCGUGGAACGACGGUUUCCGAAGUCGCGGAAGUUCUUCAAAGCUUUGCGUCCGAGUUUGGGGGCAGCGGUUUACUGUUCAUGCGAAAUGUUGAGAAGCUCGAAAUCAAAUCUGCAGACAUGUCAAUUGGAAUUCAGAUGGUGGAUCGCAAAGUGCUUCGAUCGCACAAAUUGAAGGUCAAAGAUGCAGUGAAACGUGCUUUAACGGAUCCAGAGCACUCCUUCGAUUAUUCUUUUGAGGCAGGGAUUGAGUAUCGAUCUACUGGACAACUAAAAACGACUACCUUCAUUGUCCACCACAACAUACAAUGCGGCUUGAUGGAUAGUACCCUUCGAGAUUGGGCAGCCCAGCAAAAGUUUAUCCCAUGGGUGGCGAUUGCGGCGCAGAUUCCUAUACUACGCACAGAAGUAGUGACCGGAUCAUUAUUUGCAGUCUUACCGCUGCCAAUCGUAGCUGGUCAACCUGUUCAUAUCCAUGGCCUUUUCAGCGUAUCCCCCGACCGCGCAAGAUUGUAUCAUAUCAGCGAUAGAAGUACCCAACAUCAAGAACCAGCGAGAUGGAACAAUUGGCUACUGCAACAUCUAGUUCCAAUCGCUUGGACGAACCUUCUAGGCACUCUGGCACGUCGCGAUCCUAAUCAGCCAGCCUUUGAGAGGUGGCCCCAAACAAUUGACGAUGCCCGAGACCCCUUGAGUAGCGUUGUGGAGAAGGUUGUGGGAGUUAUUGAGAAAGAGACCCUGGCUCUUUGGCCAACAGCCGUAGGCUACGUGACUGCAAAAGAUGGCCUGCUCGAUACAGGGGCCGAGCCGGCAACGUUACGAGAUGCCCUUCUAGAAGCUAGAGUACCUGUGGUAUAUGUUCCGCAACGACUUCGCCAUCGGGCUAACGACCUUUUCAAGGGUCGGAUUUUGUGCCCUCAAAGUCUCUGUCAGUUCAUAAAAAUCAAGAGCUAUCGGAUUAAGAUGUGGAGUAAUCAGACAAAACAUGAAAUCCUCGAAUAUCUCUUGUCUGAGCCUAGCUUUAUCGAGUACGGUGGUCUUGAUUUAUUCCCAUUCGAGGAUGGAAUUUAUCGGUCCAUUGGAGACCAGGUUGCGUUUGUUCACCGAGACGAAUUUGAAAAAGAUCUUUUCAGUCUACAGCGUUCCCGUAAUCUGGAUCUUGAAAAGUUGUCAAGAACGGCACAGCGUACCUUGAAACAAGGCUGCGAUCAUUCAAUGAUUCAUCCCUCUAUUCGCUAUCGUUCCGCCAGUUGCUUGAGAGAUUAUUGCAUCAGCACUAUAUUCAAGGAUGUACCAGAAGACCAAGACAUGGUUGUGCUAGGCGAGGAACCUGCUGCAUCUGUCUUAAAAGUGUGGACCUGGAUAUAUAUGCAUCGCGUCGAUAUCCUUAAAGAUCUUGCCUGCCUCUGGCUACUUCCGCUGAGAAAUGGUCAUUACCGAAAAGUUAAGCCACGAAGUCCUUCCUCGGAAGUAUAUUUCGCGCCUGUGGGCGAAGUAGGUGACCUGAUGAGGAAAUUGGAUACUAAGUCAACUUUAAAGCCGCUACCAUUGCUCGAUACAGGGAUAGCACAACUUCCUGCAAGUUUCCAGUCCAUCCUUAUGAGAAGUCCAGAUGCUAUAUCAACCCUUUUUGUUAAAGAUGCAAGCAGCAUUGUUUGGUUUCUUCGGUGGUUGCAUGGGACAUAUCCCAUGGCUGAUAGUGUAGCAAACGAAGACAAGCUUCAGAUUGCAGCACUUGUCGCGUCGCAUUUACCUCAGCCUCUUAUUCUAACAAACCAAACAGCUACCGCCGAAGCUUUAAGUGAUCUUAAAAUUUUCCAGCGAGUAUCGUGGGAUGCAGAAGGAGAGAGCAUGGAGCCUGUUUUAAAAUGGACUAAUUUGAGUUCCUGUAGUAAGUCGAUCGGACUCCUCGACGGUAUGAGUCCAGUCCCUGCGAUAGAAGGCGUCCAGUUCUUAAUUGCGAAUGAGUCAAACCCUACAAGACAAAUACUUCUCGCGCUUAAGCCCGCUGAUUGUGUUGUGUCCGUUCAAGUUAUAGAGGAUCACAUAAUUCCUGCCUGGGAAAACGGACAGGCUGAGAAUUGGACUUCAUCUUGCAAAGAGCAAGCGGCAGCAUUCAUUCUUCUCCACUUUUCAUUAUUGACUCAUGAUACUCAAGCCAAGCUUUUGAGACUCCCCGUGGUCCCGGUUAUGCAACUAGAUGGGACGGAGACUUCAAGAUUUGCACUAGCUGCAGAGCUUAUCGAUCCGUCUGUAUCUGAACUAAAAGCGCUGUGUUUCGACAACGAGGAAAUACUUCCAAAGGAGAGAUUCUUUCGGGACUUUAGCGUCGCCUUGAAGGGUUGUGGAUUGAAGAUGAUGGUGGAUGAAGCUGUGGUUGAACACCGAAUACGCUGCUACGCAAAUACCAAUUAUCCAGUGUCUGAUAUAAAGGAUCGUGCCGAAAGGUUAUUAAAGACCACCUGCCGCUGGACUUCGCCACUGAACAAAUACGAAGGCUCCGACCUACGACAUCUUCGGUGGCUCCCGACGGUUGAUAUCAAUGGUAAAUUGUCAUUGAAAGCGCCACAUGAUUGCCGAGGCUUCAGAGAUCGACUCUUGGUCGGCUCUCGGAUCCCAACCCUCAAAAUAUCUGUCUCCGCGGAGUGGGAAAAGCGACUUGGCUGGCAUAGCAGACUCCCAAGUAAAGUUCUGCUUCUACAGUUGACGUUUGGCGUUCAAAUGAAGGAUCGAGAGGUUAUCGACGCAGUCCUCACCUACAUCUUCAAGAAACGCCUUGCAAAGCGGUUAGCCAAGGAACUGAUGAAUCUCCCAUGCGUUCUUGUCGCCAGCGGCUUGUUCGUUAAACCACCACAGGCGUUUCGUCCAUCAGAAACCUCUAUUGAUGGGUGCGAGCGUCUGCAGCCAUACCUUGGAAAUGUCGAUCACAAGUUCUGGCAAGACCAUGAACUACUGCUGAUAGAGCUUGAAGUUGGGGAUCGACCACAAAUAACUGAUCUACUACAUGUUCAAGCGAUAUUAGAGGAGAAACAGGAUCUUGAAGAGCCCGAUAUGGCUGUUGCAAUCGAGAUUCUUAAUAAGGCUAGCGAGUUCCCAAGGGCUUCCCUGGCGGGGCUCAAAGUUAUCAGUGAUUCUCGAGAGUUUUUUCCGAUUCAAGAUGUCAGCUUUGGUGAUCUUGGACUUUUCAAACCGAAGCAGAAGGUCAACAUUGCUCAUCCAGACAUUCCUUUUAGGACAAUCCUGAGACUUGGGAUAGACAGUUUGAGAGAGCGAUUGAUUAAAGGGAUGUUAGAGAUUGAAGAUAUCGAUGAUGAGGAUGAAUUUGAUCAGCGUGAGAAUGUGACGACACGGAUUGCAGAUACUUUGGAUCGAUAUCCGGUCGAAGCCACAUUUAGAGAAUACCUCGCGAAUGCGGACGAUGCUAAAGGGGCGACAAAAAUCAGCUGGUUAUUAGACGAGAGAUACCAUCCUGGCGACAAGCUCCUUACCCCCGAUAUGAAAAGGUUUCAAGGACCAGCAAUUCUAGUCCAUAAUGAUGGAGUCUUUAGCGAUGAUGAUCUCCAUGGCCUCAAAAACGUGGGAGAGGGUAGUAAAACCCAUGACAGAGAAACAAUUGGCCAGUUUGGACGAGGGUCUCAGACAAUGUACCACUGGACAGAUGUUCCUAUGAUCUUAUCUGGAAGAUAUUUGCUUAUUCUAGAUCCACAGCAAGAGGUUUUACCGAAGAACCAAAUCAAGGGAAAACGGAAACCGGGUGUCAAAUUGGAAUUAUCCAAGCUUCGAGAUGCUUGCUGCGACCAGCUUACCCCAUUCGAAGGUUUAUGGGCCUAUACUCAAGGCCUUGAUAACUACCCUGGGACAAUCUUUCGGUUUCCGCUUCGAACUGGCUUGACAGAAUCUAAGCUAUACAAAGGCAAGGGAUACUUGGACGAUGGCAAAGCUUGCCGACUCAUGAAUAAUUACUUCGAUGAGGCUCGUAUCUCGUUGCUAUUCCUAAGACGGGUCAAAUCGAUAGAUUUCGGCAUUUAUGGAAAGCCCGAUUCUAGGUGGUCUAUUACUAGGCUACCGCCAUUGGACGACGAUACCAAGGCAUUCUCCGAGCUUGUCGUAUGCUCGUUUGUCAAGACAAUGGUGGAUGGUAUCCAAAUAGCUGGUAAAGAUAAGUGGUGGGUUGCUAUUCAGGAUUUACUGCCGGCAGCCGAUCGCAUCCCAGACAUCUCGAGGAGGGUAAUGAAGAAUGUUGAGUGCGGGCUCGCCGCAUUGAUUUCUUCCAACUGCGAUAUGAAUGAUGCUAUAAGUACACCUACAGAACCGCCCCAGUCGAAGAUGUUCUCCACUCUUCCGCUACCAAUAUCUUCGGAUCUUCCAGUCCACAUCAACGCGACUUUUUUGCUCACUGGUGACCGGCAGUCUAUAGCAGUAGACGAAGAUGGCAUACAAACUGCUCUAUCCAAAUGGAAUAGAUAUCUUUUGCAAGAUGCCCUGCCAAAGUUAUACCUAUCAUUCCUUGACGAGAUUGGAAUACAAGUCCGGCAACGUGUUUUCGAAUUCUGGCCCCAGGCGGAGCCCCCCAAAAGAAGUCCCUCAGAGCUUAUUUUCGCGUCAUUCUGGCAAGAAUUGCCCAAGGGCUCACACAGACUGUUCCCGAUGGCUCAGACGAGUAUGCAACUUUCUCAACGCCGGCCGGCUCAGCUCUGUGAUAUCAAACAAGCGGUAUUUGACUUAUUACCGGAGGAUGAGUCUGAAAUACUUGCUCCGCUACUCCUGCACUUGGAAGUAAAUCUAGUUCGAUUAAUCCCGUCAGAAGUUGCGAGGCAUCUUAGGGCGCUACCAGGAGUGCAGAUUGUUAGCGGAGCAAGACUGCGGCGACUCUUCAAGCAAGACAGCAGCAAUAUGUGGCUAGCACUAGAGAUGGCUAGGAACCCAUCUAUUCUGAAAGUUCUAUUUGGCCAACUAAUGCCUAACGAUGUUGAUCUUCUAGACUUGGAUGGCUGCCAGAUCCUCCCUUCUGUAGAUGGAGGCUUGAAUACUUUGAAGAUCGUUGUGACCAAUAGUGCCGAAUCACCGAAGUACUAUGCAGCUUCCAAGAAAGAACUAAAGCUUUUCGAGUUUGCUUCAGAGUAUUUAGUGGCAGCAAGCACUGCUAAAAAGAUGGGGCCAGUUCUAGCUAGUGGGAAAUUUAACUUGGUGAAUCUGCAACUCUGUCAUGUCAAGACAUUGCUGAAGAUGAAGCCUAUAGUCUCGGCCCCCAAUCCAGAAGCAGACGCAUGGCUCACUAAGUUUUGGGAGUUCUGGAACGGGAAUAUCAAUUCUCCAAAAUACUCGUCGGCUAUUGAUGCGUCUGAUGCUCAAUUAUUUCGAUCUACAUGUAAUGGCGUCGACAGGUAUGCUACGCCUAUACAAUUCCGUCAACUUCCGGCGGUCGUGGAGCCCUCGAUUGGUCAGCACCAACGCCUAUGUGAUAAAAUCCCGGGCCUUUAUCGUUUCAACCCAAAUAUGAUGCCAAGUUUGCUCACAGAGAACGAAAAGCCUCUCUACAAGGAAGCUUCCUUUUAUAGGUUUAUUCGGGCGCUACGAAUACUUGCGAGCGAUACUGGAAUGGGGACCUUCGUUAAAAUCCACCUGGACCUAGACGACAUAAAGAUACUUCGAGGUCUCGUUAUAUCCCAUAUUACAGGUCAUAUAUUGCAACGUGAACCUAAGCAUUUCCACGAACUCAGCAGCGAUCUGAAAUCGAUUCCUCUGUGGCAGAGUUUUAAUGGGGUUUCCAAGGAGCAAUUGAUUUCUGCGGAUAAAGCCUUGAUGGCAGCAAACAGUGACCUUCUAGUUCCUUGGAUGAAAGACAAUCAGCGAUUCCUCAAACUUCCGCUUCCAGACGGCCACCAAGAUUGUCUCUUGAACCUGGGAGUUAGGCAACUAUCAAACUACGUAGUUCUCGAGGACUACGUAUUGCCACUACCAUCGACCUUAAGUGAAAGUCAUUGGCAAUAUUUUCAAACACUUAUCCCUACUAUUUCUGCUAUGUCUGAGGCCGCAGACUCUUCUCGCACUUUCCUCCGCGCUUUAAGGCAGAGCAAAAUUGCCGCUGAUGGUAAUCGCGAUUUGAAAAAGGCUUGCCAGCUGUACGACCAUGAGGAUCGAAUUUUUACCUCAGCCUUCAGGAACCAAAUGGAGACUAGAUUCCUCCACGAUAGCCUGAAAGAGUAUCGAACGCUUUGGCUGACAGUGGGGCUUCGUCACCAACGGGAAAAUUUCGUGGACCCCGGCGACUAUUUACAAUGCCUUCAAGUCAUGACAAGCCGCCUAAGUACCGAUACUUCACGCAUGGACCUAUACCUUGAGCAGGAUAGCAGGACGGUUUUGUCUCUGUUGACAGCUCCGAAUUUCAAUAUUCACAGAUAUGAUACCGAUAACUGGUUGGAUAUUUCACAAGAGAGAGUUUUCCUAUCCACAACAGCUUUCAUCGCCGAACCUGACUACAGACAAAAUGCCAUGUACUUGUUGGCUGAUAAACAGCGGCUAUUGUCUCUCUCUGAGGUUAUUUCCUAUAAUUAUGUGGGGGUAUGCUGGAGCCAGACUCCAUUUCCCCUUCACAAACCCACAAGUGAAGUUCUUGCUAUGAUUCCUGGUAAUGGCCGGCCGAAAGCCCAGAUGGUAUGGCAGCAUCUGCAGCACAUGAGGGAUGCUUCACGAAACCUAAAACACUUCCAAGUCCGCGAGUUUCUUAACGACCUGUGUCUCACAUACGAAUACCUCCAAGACAACGUCGAGGAGAGUAGCGCCAGCUUCCAUCUUACCGAGAGUGCGAUCUGGCUGAAUCUGAAUACAAUGGAUCGCGUUACUGUGUCAGUGAAUGAUAUCAAGUCGUCUUGGCAAGCGCUUGCUGAGCUUGUCCUAUCCAGUUCUUGUGAUGCUGGACCAAUAAAAGCUGUCAAGCCUGGCCUAAUGCGCUAUGAGAAAUUGUUGAGAGCUUUGGGCUGUAGCUCCAUCACCUACCCUACAGUCGAACGACCGGAGGUUGUCCCUGGCCGUUCAGUAUCAAACUCAAUACGGCAACUGAGGAAUGAUGGGAAGCUUUUAGAUAUCACAUACUCUAGUGAAGGGAUGCGUGUGCAAGCACACCGAGUGGUACUAGCCGCUAUGUCGGAGAAGUGUGCUCUUCAAUUCAGCGGUAGAUGGAAGACGGAAGAUCUCAUAAAGUAUGAUGAGGCUGAUGACCCUGACGGUUAUUUGUCCUAUCACACAGUGUCAACAAUGAUCGACUACGCCUACGAGGACGAAAUCGACUGGGAAGAAAUGGAGGUUUUGGAAAGCGAUGAUGUGGAUGAAAGGGACGCCAAGCUCCACAUGCUCCUAGAUCUCCACAAGGGCGCUGACUGCUGGUUGAUACCUAGUUUGAAAUCUCAAGUUGAAGCUAAGAUCUUGGAUGCCGGCAAGCUAUUCAUAAAUCUUGAGAAUGUCAUUGAGGUUCGGGAUCGUGCGGGGCAAGUAGGAGCCAAGGCUGUUGAACAAAUGUGUGUUCGGUUCAUUCAGCAAAACCAGGAUGCCGUGGAGAAAGCUCAUUCCGGGAAUUUUACAGCAGAGGCAUAA